AUGCCCCAGGACGACGACGAGAGCAUCGCCUGGGUGCUGCAUGGCGCCGCUGGGGACGACGCGCCGGCGGUGCUGCUGCACGGCAGCCUGGACAUCUGGAUCCACGAGGCGCGGAACCUGCCCAACAAGGACAUCCUGUCCAAGAGGAUGCGGGACCUGCUGUGCAAGCCGUCGGAGGGUAUGACCAGCGACCCCUACGUGACGGUGCAGGUCGCCUCCGCCGUGGUGGCGCGCACCUUCGUCAUCCCCGACGACGAGAACCCCGUGUGGGCGCAGCAGUUCCUGGUGCCCGUCGCGCACGAGGCCGCCGCCGUCAACUUCGUCGUCAAGGACAGCGACGUCGUGGGCGCGGAGCUCAUCGGCGUCGUCGCCGUCCGCGCCGACCGGCUGCAGGCCGGGGACAGGGUCGAGGGCGCGUACCCGGUCCUCGAGAGCAACGGCAAGGAGUGCGCGCCGGGGGCCGUGCUCCGGCUGUCGGUGCAGUACGUGCCCGUGGCGAGGCUCACCAUGUACCACCACGGCGUCACCCCGGGCCCGGACUUCGCCGGCGUGCCCAGGACCUACUUCCCGCUGCGCCGGGGCGGGAAGGUCACGCUGUACCAGGACGCGCACGUGCCCGACGGCACGCUGCCGGAGGUCAGUCUCGGGAACGGCGCCUGCUACCAGCACGGCCAGUGCUGGCGCGACGUCUACGACGCCAUAUCCCAGGCACGGAGGCUCAUCUACAUCACCGGAUGGUCCGUGUUCCACACCAUCCACCUGGUGCGCGACGGACACGGGGACAUGGCGCUCGGCGACCUGCUCAGGAGGAAGUCGCAGGAGGGGGUGCGGGUGCUGCUGCUCGUGUGGGACGAUCCCACGUCCCGGAGCGUCCUCGGCAUCAAGAUGGAAGGUUACAUGGGCACGAGGGAUGAGGAGACUCGGAGAUUCUUCAAGCACUCUUCGGUUCAGAUACUGCUUUGCCCACGAUCUGCUGGGAAAAGGCACAGCUGGGUGAAGCAACAGGAAACAGGCACUAUCUUUACUCAUCAUCAGAAAACAGUGAUCUUGGAUGCUGAUGCUGGGAAUCAUAAAAGGAAGAUUGUUGCUUUUGUAGGAGGCCUUGAUUUAUGUGGAGGGCGGUAUGAUACACCAAGACACACUCUAUUUCGGACUCUUCAGACAUUUCACAAGGAAGAUUAUUACAACCCGAAUUUUGCGGUUGAAGAUGCUCGUGGCCCAAGAGAGCCAUGGCAUGACUUGCAUUCCAAGAUCGAUGGUCCAGCAGCAUAUGAUGUCCUGAAAAACUUUGAGGAGCGUUGGUUAAAGGCAUCAAAGCGCAGUGGCGCUAAGAAACUGUCAAAAUUGUCGAGAUCGCAUAAUGAUACGCUGCUCUGGAUUGAAAAGAUACCUGAUAUUAUAGCUGUUGACGACGAAAUCUAUUCAAAUGACAAUGAUCCAGAGAGAUGGGAUGUGCAGAUUUUUCGAUCAAUUGAUUCGAAUUCUGUCAAGGGGUUUCCAAAAGAUCCACGGGAGGCCACUAGUAAGAAUCUUGUUUGUGGGAAAAAUGUACUGAUUGAUAUGAGCGUGCAUACAGCAUAUGUGAAUGCCAUCCGAGGUGCUCAACAUUUCAUCUACAUUGAGAACCAGUACUUCCUUGGCUCUUCAUUUAAUUGGGAUUCACAUAAAGAUGUUGGUGCUAAUAAUCUGAUACCCAUUGAGAUAGCACUCAAAAUUGCAAACAAGAUUUAUUCGAAUGAGAGAUUUUCAGCUUAUAUAGUAGUUCCAAUGUGGCCUGAGGGUAAUCCUACUGGUACUCCUACGCAAAGGAUUCUCUAUUGGCAGAAAAAGACAAUGCAAAUGAUGUAUGAUAUAAUCUAUAAGGCCUUGAAAGAAGUAGGACUAGAUGGUACAUAUGAGCCGCAGGAUUACCUGAAUUUUUUCUGCCUUGGUAACCGCGAAGCUGAGGACACUACUUGCACUUCUGGUGGACCAUUCUCAGCCAGUAACCCUCAGGACCAAGCUCGGAAGAAUAGGAGAUUCAUGGUGUAUGUGCACUCGAAAGGCAUGAUUGUGGAUGAUGAAUAUGUGAUCAUUGGGUCUGCUAACAUCAACCAGAGAUCCAUGGAAGGAACUAGAGAUACAGAGAUUGCAAUGGCUGCAUACCAACCCCAGCACACAUGGGCAAAUACGCUUUCUGCUCCUCGUGGACAGAUUUUCGGUUACAGGAUGUCUCUAUGGGCAGAGCACAUCGGAUCCAUCGAGGAGAGCUUCGCCAGGCCGGAGAGUCUAGAGUGCACGAGGCAGGUGCGGCACAUCGGAGAGCAGAACUGGGAGAAAUUCAUCUCCAGCCAUGUGACUGAGAUGAAGGGCCACCUGCUCAAGUACCCCGUCAGCAUCGAUUCCAGGGGCAAGGUGAAUCCUCUGUCUGGUUGUGCCACAUUCCCAGAUCUUGGUGGGAACAUCUGCGGCUCAUUCCUGAACAUCCAAGAAAACCUCACAAUAUGA